AUGGAUCCUGGUUUCGCCCUGCACCAGUUCCUGCAGCCGCUCCGGGUUGACAGUCAAAAGAUUCACGCACUGUCCCGCCUCUUUUAUGCCAAUUUCAAGCAUCUUGCUCUCAACGCCGAGGAUCAAUUCCUCGCGACGCCCAUCUCCGAGUCCAUUCUAAGACCUGUCAGCCACAACGGCCAUGGAAGGCAUCUAGCCAUCGACAUCGGAGGCACGAACCUGAGGGUAGGAUUCGUCGAACUGGAAGGCAAAGACACCACAAUCCCCGACGACGCACUCUCCACAGCCAUCUCCCGGACCAAUGGCACCUCCUCCACCGCACCAGCUCUCCGCCUCAAAGAGAAGUCGUGGCCCAUUGAUGAUCGCCUCAAAACGGACAGCGAAGCCGACCCCCAACUUCUCUUCGACUGGAUCGGCGCCCGCAUCGCCGAAGUUGUCCGCUCCGCUUGCGAGGAAUGGCAGCUUCCCGCUCAAGAGGAGCUCCCCUUGGGCAUCACCUUCAGCUUUCCCAUGGUCCAGCACUCCAUUUCCGAUGCCACUGUCAUGACCAUGGGCAAGGGCUUCAGCAUCGGAGGUGACGCCGAACUCGGUCCUCUGCUGCUCAGGGGAUAUGAAAAGUCCCGCGUCGUCGAUGAUGGCGACGCACACCGGCUCCCUCCCAUCCGCAUUGCAGCGAUAUCCAACGACUCCGUUUCCACCCUCAUCUCCUUUAUCUACCUAUUCAACGAGUCUCAUUCUAAAAAGGCCAGCAUGGGCCUCAUCGUCGGCACUGGCUGCAACGCCACCAUCCCCCUUCGACUCACCGCCAUGGGCUCCAACAAGUGGCCCGCAAACGUGAGCACACUCCCAGGAGAAUCUGCCCAUCUCGCCCGCAUCGCCGUCAACACGGAAUGGAGCAUCCGCGGCACCGCCCCUCCCAUGCGCGAGCUGCACCUCAUCACCCCGUGGGAUUCUGCCCUCGACGCCGCGCUCGUGGGACCCAACGAGAUUGCCGGCUUCCAGCCGCUCGAGUACAUGACCGCCGGCCGCUACCUCGGCGAGCUCGGCCGUCUCAUACUCGUCGACUACCUAAAAACGGUACUCGCCUUCGAGGAGUCAUCCUUGCCCAAAGAUCUGUUGGUGAGGUACCGGAUGACGACAACGUUUCUUAGCCACUUCAAGCCCUCUCGCCCGUCAGAUCCAUCGGCCCUACUUGCCAAGUUGGAAAAUGAGUUCCCGGCAGAUGAGGGCGCCUCCUUCCAGUGGACCCCCGAGACGGCCGUCGCCCUCUACCACAUCGCAAAGGCCAUCCAGGUCCGCGCCGCAGGCAUCGUCGCAGCAGCCACCGUGGCCCUCCUCAAGCUGGCAGGGGAUAUCCCCGAGCCAGUGCCGGCCGGCGCCGACGUGACACCCGUCAAGGAGCUGGGCGUCGGCUACACCGGCGGCUGCAUCUCGCACUUCCAGGACUACCUCGCUGAUACCCAAGACUUCCUGGACAAAAUUGUGAGGCUCGAAUACCACGAACAGCCGCCGCCGGUGCGGGUCGUAUUGAGCCCCUGCCACGACGGCGGGAUCAAGGGUGCUGGCAUUCUGGCAGCCGCGACGGGAUCGAGCCAGACGCAGGAGACACAGAAGUGA